GACCAUUUUAUUCUGAUGCCCCUCCAUGCCGUUUAGUGAUGGUGACCUUCUUCGUUCUGUAGCAUAAAUUAUACUAUUAUUAUGGCACAUUUAUGAAGAAAUUAAUUUGACAAUAUUUUUUCAGCGUUGCAGAUGUUCUGAGCAUGGCUUUAAACACAAUUGGCCAGCCUUGCAAGGGUUUGUUUAGGUGUCUUCAGACAGUUGUUACCCACAGGUGUUUGCAAGCAAAAUCUACAUUACACUCCACAGUCUCUCAGUCAAACUCCAACAGAACUUGUGUGGUCUGCUUUGGGAGGCAGAAAUAUGAGAGGAUGUAUCCAGUUCUCCUCGUUAGACCCGACGGCUCCACUAUCAACAUCAGAUAUAAAGAGCCCAGAAGAAUAAUGAAGAUGCCUGUGGAUAUCACCACCCUCUCUGAGGAGGAGAGGAAAAUCAGGAUGCGGAAAAGAGAACCAAAGAGGGGAGCUGUCAAACAGAAAUUGGAGGAGUUUGAGGAUGAUUUCACAGUGGAUGAUUACAGCAAAUUCUGGAAAAAGAAAUGAAUGGACUGAAGUCUUGUAGUUGAUUGCCUCAUUCAGAGUAUUUACAUUGUCUCACAUGUACACAGUUAUAAUUUUGUUUUAUAUGUCACCUUGCCAUUAAAAAGUCUUGUUUAAUGUUUAAA